AACAAUGCAAAAAAAAGUUCUAAACAAAACACGAUAGUCUUUCUUCUCCAUCUCUCUUGCCGGCGUCCUUUCACUUACGACCGCAUCAAUAUCGCCGCCAUCCUCCGCUUUCGGCCGCACCAACCUCGCCGUCUUACUUCGAUUCAGGGGCCUCACUAAUCUCGCCGUCGUACUUUGAUCCCGGCAUCGCACCAAUCUUUUGGUGAGUACUAAGGUUGAAGUGUAGUAGAUAUUGGUGGCUUAAACAAUGGGAUCUAACUCAUUGAAGGAUUAUCUAAAGCGAUAUGAGAGUAACCCUGAAGAAGACAAGAAAAAGAAGAAGAGAAAGAAGAAAACUCUACCGCAAGCAACUGGCUUGUUAGUUGUAGAUGAAGAUCCAGCUUGGCAGAAACCCAUAGAUCUGGCAGAAGAAAACGAUGACAACUUGUCAGAUGGGGAGAAGCCAAUAGUUGAUGAAGACAUUGAAGUAAAGCGUAUGAAGAGGCUUGAGCAGCUGAAGGCCAGACGAUCUUAUCAUGAUAUAUCUGAGGAUGGAAGUGGUUGGAUUCCCCUUUCUUCUAAAUCUGAGAAUCUUAGUGACUCUAAUAGAAUGGAUGCUGAUUUAUCCCCUUCGCGCCGGCAGUUGAAGCGCAAUGACACUCCAUCACCUGAACGUGACUCACAGCCUGCACGUUCUGAGGGACCAAGCCCUGAUUUAUCUCCUCCUCGUAAACAAAGGGAUAGUGACAUGCCACCUCCUCGACGGAAACCGAACCCUGAUUUAUCUCCUCCUCGUAAACAAAGAGAUAGUGACAUGUCACCUCCUCGACGGAAACCAAACCCUGAUUUAUCUCCUCCUCGUAAACAAAGGGAUAGUGACAUGUCACCUCCUCGACGGAAACCGAACCCUGAUUUAUCUCCUCCUCGUAAACAAAGGGAUAGUGACAUGUCACCUCCUCGACGAAAACAUGUUUCUAAUCCGAGUCCAGAUAUUUCCCCCCCUCGCCGUGGUAGUCAUCAAACAUUUGUAUACAAUGGGAGAAAAAAACAUGACACUUCUGAUUUGGAUGAUCUUUCUCCACCUAGACGAGGUCGACAUGAUUCUCCCUCUCAAGAUACUUUACAUGGAUCAGUGUCAUCUGAUCUUUCACCGCCGAGGAAACGCCAACAUAGUGGUGCAAGAUCAAAUUUAUCUGAUGUUUCUCACCGUGGUUCACAUCCAUCUUUGGAUCGUGACCUCUCUCCACCAAGGAAGAAUCCAAAGGAGCUUUCCAUUCCAGCAUCUGUUAAUGAAAGAAAAACUGGUUUGAUUUCUGGUAAAGAUAUCAGAAAAGAGAUUGACAGAAAGAAGAAGGAUGAUUUGUUGAGACUUAAACAGAUGGACCCUGUCAUCAGUGGGCGUGGUGCUGAACCUGUAUUUCGUGAUAACAAAGGAGUACGCAUUACCAAAGAGGAAUACUUAAAGUCAAAACAGAAAGUAGAAGAAAAGCCCAAGGAGAUUGAAAUAGAAUGGGGAAAGGGGUUGGCUCAAAAGCGGGAAGCUGAGGCUAAGCAAAAGGAACUAGAAGUUGAGAAGGAAAAGCCUUUUGCGCGGACCAGAGAUGAUCCUGAGCUUGACAAAUCGUUGAAGGAGAGGAUAAGAUGGGGUGACCCUAUGGCACAUCUAGUUAAGAAGAAAUAUCCAGAGGCUGUUCUGCCGAACUUGGGGGAUAGUGAUAAAAUGAAGGCAUCUGGUUUUGUUGUCCCUCAAGAUAUUCCAGAUCACAGCUGGUUGAAGAGGGGUUUAGAUGCUGCUCCAAAUCGGUAUGGGAUAAGGCCGGGACGUCAUUGGGAUGGUGUUGAUCGUAGUAAUGGGUUUGAGAAGGGAAUGUUCAAGAGAACAAAUGAGAGACAAGCUAAAGACAAAGAGGCUUAUCUUUGGUCUGUGUCUGAUAUGUGAAAACUAACAUUAUAACCCAAAAAUGACACAAAUGGUGGUUGAUGAUAUGCAAAUCUCCCCAAGUAUUUAAGGAACAACAUUUGGCAGGGGCAUGUUUGUAAAAUUGCAAUGACGUGGACUUGAAGGUUUUUGUUGAAUAUGGCCAAAGAUUGUGCAAUGGGAAAGGCUCUUGGUUCCAUCACUCUAGAACUAGAUAAAUUAUAAGCCAUAAUUCAUCUUCAGUGUAUGAUUGAUUAGUCUUAUUCAAAUUCUGCAGAAAAAUGAGGAUAAAUUUUGUCAGAGAGAAAGUGAAUAUAUUGGAUGGGCCAAACUUAUUUGUGAUAUUGACAUGUUUUUUAAAGUAAAUUUGACUAGUUUAAUUGUUA